AGCGUGAUAUUUAAUUUGAAAUAGUCUUGGAUCAUUUUGUAGUGAAAGCCUGCAGUAGAAAUGGAAUAGACUAUAUACAGCCUUUUGGUUAGAGAUUCCUGUAUAAAAAUCCCACAAAGCUAUUCAUUCGCCAACCGACACAGGCAUUGGACAUGGAAUUUACCACUACAGCAGGAAAUGCAACGACAUUCGGGAAUACAACGGCGGGAUAUGAAUUUGACCCCCAGAUUGAAAUGUUUAAAAUACUUGUGACAUGUAUCCUCGCACUCGUAAUGUUUGGAAUGGGAUGCGCGGUGGACCAUGAAAAAUUGAUUAACAAUUUUAAAAGACCCAUUGGAAUUCUUAUUGGACUCGGAUGUCAAAUUUUGAUGAUGCCUAUGAUUGCGUAUGGAUUGAUAAAAGCGACAUCAAUGUCUGAAUUACAGGCAAUCACGUUCAUGGUGGUAGGCUGUAGUCCUGGCGGCACUUUCAGUAAUAUUCUAGCGUACAUGGUAGAUGGAGAUAUGCCACUAAGUGUUGCCUUGACAACUUUGAGCAAUUUGUUUGCCCUUGGAACAGUCCCCAUGUGGCUCUUUUUAUACACGUGGAUUGAAGAGGUUGAUGAAAAUAUUCAAAUUCCGUACAGUUCAUUAGGGAUCACUUUAGCAAGUUUGAUCAUUCCAAUUGUUGCCGGAAUCUUAUUUCGAUACAAGUUCGUCAAAAUAGCCAAAUAUCUAGCAAAGGGAUGUGCAAUAUUCGGAUUUAUUCUAUUGGUUGCAAUUGUUGCAGCGAUGUUGAUAAGAAAUGACAUUCCAAUUGUAUUCUCGGUGAAGACUAUACUGCCAAUAGCAGUUCUACCAAUUGCCGGCAUGGUGAUUUCAUUCUGCAUCUCUCUCAUUCCGAGACUUGAAUUGUCAUGGGAAGCAAGACGAACGAUCGCAAUUGAAACGUCAAUACAGAAUGGAAGUCUUUCGACAAAUGUUGUUUUUUUAACUUAUGGAAACCGUUUGAAUAUGUUCAUGGCUGUUAUUACCAUCCCCCUGUUAUACUCAAUAUCGCAAACUAUUUAUAACAUUAUUUUAGUAGUGAUUUAUAAAACCUGGAAAUUUUAUCAAAAGUCCAGAAACAGGAAAUUCUCUGGGCAAUCUGUGACUGCAGUUGGGUACGAGGUAAUGGAAAUGACGUAACGACCAAAUAAUUUUCGUUGAAAUGAGUUCAAAUUCUACCACAGCUGUGUACUUCACAUUGAAUUUGUGACCGAACAUAUGUGAAAGUGAAAAAACUUUCGGGCGAAUCAUUUUAAAAUUUUGGAUUAUAAACAGUAUAUUCUUAGUUGCCUCUAGUAGGGUGUAGAAUUUUCAACUAUUUUCAACGAUAACUUCCACAUUUUUGCACAAAGCUCUUAACUACAGCGCGAAAGUCGUUUACGAAUCCUACUGUUUUGUGUAGAAUUUUCGAAGAUAAUUUCCACAUUUUUGCACAAAGCUCUUAACUACAGCGCGAAAGUCGUUUACGAAUCCUACUGUUUUGAUCAUGAUAUUAUUGCGUUUUUAUUCUUCAACUUUACAUUUUCAUUACACAUUUAUUUGUAAUAUCGAAUUUGCACCGACGCACUUCUCUGUAUUAUAAUUUAAAUUGUAUUUUAGGCGCUAAAUAAAUCAUCCACAGUAUGCAAUGGAAUUUGUUACAUGGUUAUACUUUGAUACAUAUGAGGUAUGCGGCAUAUUUUAGCUGUUAAGGAAAAUAGCUAAGGUAGGUCGCGCGCCGAUCGCACUAGGGCUGUUCGGAGGUACUAGCCCGUGUCAAAUCCAGGAACUUUACUUUGGAUGGGGAUUGAUGACAUCACUAGCAAAAUAGCUGUUUAUUUGCCGCGACUGUUUAAUCGCCAGCAAAAGUGGAUCGGCUGUUUAAUGCUCUCGACAGAUUAAAAGACUUUUGCUGCGUCUUCGUACGAUUUUAUUUAAAAAGCGAUGCGAUCAUCUCCGAAAUCUUUCGAUAUUACCACCAAGAAGGCAGUAAUUAUUCGGCCCUAUAAAAAUCAGAAGUCGAAUUCACUUACUUUAUCAAUUUAGCACAAACCUUUGUGAAACGCUGGUAUUUCAUUCUCGCAAUUAAAUACCUACUCGAAAAUUCC